UAGGUUGUCAUUUUGCAGCGUUUUCUUGAACUCGGCAGGUUUUACUGUGUGAUUGAGCUGGAAACUGAUCUGGCAACCCUGAACACGCCACACCGACGUCAAGUCUGCCAGAAAUAAAGAGAAGAAGAAGAAGAGACAUUUUGAAAAAGUUGGCGGCAGUGUUUUUUCUGAGGAAGAGUUAAAGCUAUUCUACAAAGUUGCCGAGCUCCCACAAAGAUGCAGAAUAAAGAAAACCAUGAGCCACGGGCUUCGCAGCAGACCCACAGCAUGGUGGCAGGCCCACAGCGUGUUCUGGUGAAGCCUUUAAGAGGUGGCAGCAAAACUGCCAUUCCAGGUCCUGGAAGAGAGUGUGGUACUUCAUCCUCCAGUCUGGCUGCCAAGAAGAUUAGCAUUGAUGACUUUGACAUUGGUCGACCCCUGGGGAAAGGCAAGUUUGGCAACGUUUACCUUGCUAGAGUAAAAGAGCUGCAAGCUAUUGUGGCUCUGAAGGUGUUGUUCAAGUCCCAGAUGGAGAAAGAAGGCGUAGAGCACCAACUCAGGAGGGAGAUCGAGAUUCAGGCCCACCUCAAGCAUCCCAACAUCCUUCGCUUUUACAACUAUUUUCAUGAUCGCAAGCGGGUGUUUUUGGUGCUUGAGUACGCGCCACGUGGUGAGCUUUACAAGGAGCUCCAGAGAUGCGGACGCUUUGAUGACCAACGCACUGCUACCUACAUGGAAGAGAUCUCAGAUGCACUUUUGUACUGCCACUCGAAAAAAGUCAUCCACCGCGACAUCAAGCCAGAGAAUCUGCUUCUUGGCUAUCGCGGAGAGCUGAAAAUUGCUGAUUUCGGUUGGUCUGUUCACGCGCCUUCUCUCAGACGUCGUACAAUGUGCGGCACGCUGGAUUAUCUCCCUCCCGAGAUGAUCGAGGGCCGCACCCACAGCGAGAAGGUGGAUUUAUGGUGCAUUGGAGUCCUCUGUUAUGAAUGCCUUGUUGGGAACCCUCCCUUUGAAACUCAAUCUCAUUCUGAAACCUACAAAAGAAUUAUGAAGGUGGAUUUGAAGUUCCCAAAGAUCGUCUCUGAUGGGGCAAGGGACCUGAUCAGCAAGUUACUCCGCCACUGUCCCACCGAUCGUUUAGCGCUACAAUGUGUCAUCGAUCACCCAUGGGUGCGUGAAAAUUCUCGCCGGGUCUUACCCCCUGUCUGUCCUGCCAAAACCUCGUGAGCCCAACAGCUGCUUUUUUUUUUUUUUUUUUUUUAAAGUUUUAUUCGUAUAUACUGUUUGUGUGUGUCCAACAAUGCUUUUAUAAAGUUAACUGACUGUACUUACUUACGAUUGUACAGUGUGGAUCUUUUAUUUACAAGUCCAUUUCAAUAAAUGAGAAUAUUGGCGAACACUUCCUUU